UUUAAUAAUCAUGCUGUUUGUUGAUGCUCUUUUCCUAAAACUGUCUUUAAUCUUUUACCUGCCAGUCAUGAAUCUGAGCUGCACUAGGACCCAGAGCAGAGCGGUGCAGCUGUCACAGUCCGUGCAGUAAAUAUAGCAACAGCAGCGUGUUGAUCUGAGCACUUCAGGGUCAUGAGGAGACCUGAACUGCUCGGUUCAGUCUGAAACCUCCGUCCUCCGUCUGCAGGAUCCAACGAGAAACACUUUGCUGUAAUAACCACAGAGAGAGAACAUCAUCCUCAUCUUCAUCAUCACCAGCAGCAGCAGCGGCGGCAGCAGCAGCCUGAAGAUCAGCUGACUGCUGGAUGUGAGGGCGUCCUUGGCAGCAGUUCCCUGUGAGCCUCAGUGACUGAGUAAGGAAGCCUGUGAGGGUCAGUUCUCCAGGAUGCUGCAGCUGUGUAAAGUCACCAGCGCUCUGUUCAUCAGCAACGCUCGCUCAGCCUGCAGCGAUGAGCUCAUCCAGCAGGAGGCGGUGACGCUCUGCAUCAACGUGUCCAAGCAGCAGCCGUUUCCCUCCUCCUCCGGCGUCACCAAGCUGCAGAUCCCCGUCUACGACGACCCAAACGAGGACCUGUACAGCCACUUCGACCGCUGCGCCGACGCCAUCCAGAAGGAGGCGAAGCGUGGCGGACGCAGCGUCGUCUACUGCAAGAACGGCCGCAGCCGCUCGGCCACCGUCUGCAUCGCUUACCUGAUGAAGCACCGCAAACUGACGCUGACAGACGCUGUACAGAGAGUGAAGACGGCUCGUCAUGUGAUCGAUCCGAACCCCGGCUUCAUGUCUCAGCUGCAGAGAUACGAACAGGAGCUGAAGAAGAGACGAGGAGAAGCCGACUGACCGACAGAGACAGAGAGAGAGAGUGUCGAUGUGAAAACAGCCAACAGGUGAACUCACACUGGAGUCUCUCCCCUCUGUGCACCUUCACUGUAUGUUAAUCUGUUAACAUUUGUCUCUACAGCAUCACAUCUCCAGUUAGUUUUCACCUGAAUCCUGUUUUCUCAUCUCAUAUUAUAUUUUCUGACUUUGACGCAAAGGUAAGAAUAUUAAAAGCAGGAUCAAUAUAAAUAUGGAAGUGAACAGAAACGUCUCCAGCAGACAUUAAGGUCUUAAUAUUUACUUAUUUUACUGUGAAGAUUUUGAAAAGAAGAUGUGAUGAGUCUCCGAGACUCAGAGAAACAGAAAAAUGUAUAAUAACUUAAUUUGUAUAUCGCUUUUCUUAACAUAGUCACAAAGUGCUUAAACAAAGAACAUGAGGCAGUUAGGUAGAAUAAUGCAGCGUAGAGUAAAACUGGAUAAAUGAGAUCAAAUAAAAACAGUGUCCAGAAGAUAUGAAAGAUAAUAAGUAGACAUUUAAAAGAAAAUACAGAAAACAUUCAUUUUAAAGCUCCAUUCA